AUGCCCUGGGAGAAUUCAGACCUUAAGUCUGCAUUAAAAGGUGAGUUUUUAAUCUGUUUCCACUUAACUUGGUCUAAACUCGUACAGAUUCAAGCUUUCAGAUUCUUUCUGUGUCAGUUCCCUUACCUAAAAAUCUUUGCCUUCCCUAAAAAUGUUGCCAUCACCAAUGCAAAUGGGAGGUCCAGUGGUUGGAAGGUUUUUUGUUUGUUUUCACAGGUUCUUGAUGGAGCGGGAUUAGACGUUGAUUUUCAUCUACUGUCUCCAAAAGGUGAAACUCUAGUUUUUGAUGAAAGGAAAUCAGAUGGAGUUCAUACGGUGGAAACAGAAGACGGGGAUUACAUGUUCUGCUUUGACAACACAUUCAGUACCAUUUCUGAAAAGGUGAUUUUCUUUGAACUGAUCCUGGACAACAUGGGAGAAGAUGGACAAGAUCAGGAAGACUGGAAGAAGUACGUUACAGGCACAGAUCUCCUAGAUAUGAAAUUGGAAGACAUUCUGGAAUCCAUCAACAGUGUCAAAGCCAGAUUAAGCAAAAGUGUCCAGAUUCAGACCCUGCUCAGAGCAUUUGAGGCUCGUGACCGAAAUAUACAAGAGAGCAACUUUGACCGAGUGAACUUCUGGUCCAUGGUCAACUUGGGAGUGAUGGUGGUGGUAUCAGCUGUUCAGGUUUACAUGUUGAAAAGUCUCUUUGAAGAUAAGAGGAAAAGUAGAACUUAAUAUGCAGUAUGAUCGUAACCGUAACAGGUAUGGGGGGAGAGGGGGAGCAAUAAACUAUUACAGUAAAGAAAAA